AUGGCUGAGGAAAUAGCUAAUGGAAAGAUUGCAGAGGACUACGCCAAAAAUUACUUCGACCAGCUAAUGGCAAAGGGCUUCAUUGAGCCUACGUAUGAGAUGCGCCACGAGUUGGCAGUGGGUAGAUGCAAGAUGCACGCUUUUAUUUGUUCUGCAGUGAUCAUGUUUGCCGAGAGGGCUAACUUCUUCAAUUUUGAUCGCAUGGGGAACCCCACUGAACACUACUUUGAUUCUUACCGGGCUUGCUUGCGUAGUAAAGGGUUCAAUCUCUGUAUUGUAGAUUUGAAGAAACUUCAUAUGUUGUUCAAUUUGGACGGGCGUAUCAUGUGUUUCGAACCAGAAUGGUUUUAUAAGAUGAAAAAUAUCAAAGUUCUUUAUCUUGGAAGCCUGCAAGGGAUCUCUAGAAUUACUAAGCUUCCACAUGCCCUUCCAAAGCUUGUGAAUUUGGUGAUCCUGGAUAUCAAAGCCUGUCACAAUCUCGUGGAACAUCCAGAAAGGAUUUCCUCACUGAAGAACUUGACGCACUUGGACAUGUCUAAGUGUCACCUUUUGGAGCACAUGCCCAAAGGGCUUGCAUUGCUUUCAGAGCUUCAAGUUCUCAAGUUUAUAACACUUUGUACACUAGCAAUUAAUUGGGAACUAGAAAGUGGUACAACAAAAUCAACCGAAGUAGUUUCCAAGAACCCGAAUAGUGGUACAACAAAUUCAAUAGCAAUAGCCACAGGAAACACCAGGAACUUGGAUCGUAAUACAGCAAAAUCAAGGGCAGUAGCCACUAGGAUGGAGAGUGGUACAGAAAAAUCAAUGGCAGUAGUCACCAGGAAUUCGAACAGUGUUAUGAGGGAAGCUGUAAGAUUUGGAGGCAGGAAAAUAGACAGUGGGCAAGAGAUAACGUGGUUGGUAACUUCAUUUGAUGUGAAGUGGGCAGUUAAGGCAUUAUGCCUAAAGUACUUGAGAGAAUUAAAGAUGGAUUGGAGCGAACUCCGGGACUUAUUUCCUGACCUAAGUUACUUGGAGAAGGUCAAAUGCCCGAAGCUCUUCUUCUUCCCAUGCAACAACGGGGGUGUGUGGAGGAACAGAGCAAUGGAAAUGAAGUAG